AGUUUGAAGAAGCGCAUAAGUGUGAAGCUGAGCUUUGGCGAGUGUGAACGAGUGCUGAGUGAUUUGCGAAGAACAAAAAAUGUACAAAUUUAUAUGCGUGUUGGCCUUUGUCGGUGCCGCCUAUGCGGCUAGCAUCGGUGCUGGCGUGGAAUCGACCACCGAAAAGCGUGAAAUUAUUCCGCUACUGCGCUAUGAGACCGACAGAAAGCCCGAUGGCUCCUUUAGCUUCUCCUACGAGGGUGGCGAUCAGAGUGCACGCGACGAGGCUGGCGUAGUGGAGAAUGUCGGCACCGAGGAGGAAACGCUCGAAGUCCAUGGCUCCUACCGUUAUAUUGAUGCCGAUGGCAAAGAGAUCGAAGUACACUACACCGCCGGCAAGAAUGGUUUUGUGCCAAUCGGCACCAAUAUUCCCGCUGAAAUCUCAGAAGCCGCUAAAGCUGCCGCUGAUCAGCCCAAUGAACCUGUGGAAACGGAGAAAGUAAAGCGUUCGGCGCAUUCGAAUAAGAAAGGCAAGGAGGAGGGCGAAGAGAAGGAGAAAGAAGAUGGUAAGCAAGAAAAUGAGAAGGAGGGCAAGGACGAGAAAGAAGGACAGAAGGAAAAAGAAGCCAAGGAAGAAAAGGAAGGAAAAGGAAAGCAAGAGGAGCAGGAAGAGCCCAAAGAAACCGCAAAGGUGGAAAAAGAAGAAAAAUCUGAGAAUGAAGAGAAGGAGGGUAAGGCCAAAGAAGAUAAAAAAGGCGAAGCGAAAGAAGUAGAGAAAUCGGAAAAGCCUGACAAGUCCGAAAAAUCAGAAAAAUCUGAAAAAGAAGAAUAAUACGGCACCUUGGAAAUACCGUGAAAACCUCUACAACUGAAAACUGGCAAAGGACUUCAUGUUUGUGUUACACAUUUACGAAAGACAAAAAAAUCGAACAAAAUAAAAAGUUGAGUUGUAAGGUUGAAGAUUUUAUCUACCGGCUGACUCAAUGACAUGUAUAGUAUUUGUAAAAAUUUAGUUUUUGUAAGCGCGUCUGACACAUUUCAAAACUGGUUGUUAUAAUUACAUAAGUAUCUAGUUGUAAUGUGAAAUUUAUUUUUAUAAACACAAAUAUAAAAAUAAAACAAUAAAAAAUACGAAAUUAAA